CAACAUUGAGGAAUGCACCCCACACUGUACGGAGGAGAAUUGAAUUCUCCGUGCUCAAGCUAAGUUUCAUCCCUUAAUCUCGAAAAACAUUCGAGUAAUUAAUUGUCCAAACAAGAGAAUGAACUCCAUCACUCGUUGACGUUCUUCAGGAGCUAUUUUCGAAGUCAUUUGCUCGUGAGGAGAAUUUUUUUACCAAGCGAGGUGUAGUGUAGGUGGAGUCGAGGAGAGAAAAAGAGAAGUUUAGUUUCCAUGUGUCGGUGGGUUUGAGGGGGACGUGGGGACGUGCUUGGUGCUUAGUCGAUGACUACAUGUCAAAAACGUCGAGUCCGGUAGUUCUCCCCGCGAUAUAAUCGUUUUUAUUGUCCAUUUGUAACUUCUCGUGGACAUAUUUUUAUUAACAAUUUGUUAGUGAAAGGACGACAACAUGUUGGCAUUAGUCAACAGAAUUCUUGACUGGUUCAAGUCACUUUUUUGGAAGGAGGAGAUGGAGUUGACACUCGUUGGCCUACAGUACAGUGGAAAAACUACGUUCGUUAAUGUCAUUGCGUCUGGACAGUUCAGCGAGGACAUGAUUCCCACGGUGGGCUUCAAUAUGCGUAAAAUAACGAAAGGAAACGUAACUAUCAAAGUUUGGGACAUCGGUGGUCAGCCGAGAUUCAGAUCCAUGUGGGAGAGAUACUGCAGGGGUGUCAAUGCCAUUGUCUACAUGGUCGAUGCUGCUGAUUCCGAAAAAAUCGAAGCUAGUCGCAACGAGCUGCACAACUUGCUGGACAAACCACAAUUGUCCGGCAUACCCGUACUGGUGCUGGGGAAUAAGAGGGAUUUGCCACAUGCUCUUGAUGAGAAUGGACUCAUAGAUAGAAUGAAUCUGUCAGCAAUCCAGGAUCGUGAAAUCUGCUGUUACAGUAUUUCAUGCAAAGAGAAGGACAACAUUGACAUAACCCUGCAGUGGCUUAUAGCUCACUCAAAAGGUGGUGUUCGCUAAUCCCCAUUGGAACAUAACCUAAAUAAUCAUUAUAUAUAUAUUUAAAAUCGAUGAAAAAAUGAAGUACCAUGGGCGUGAUGAAGUGGCUCGGGAACAAUGGGGGCACACCUUCGGGAAUGUUUAUGAUUCAUUCUGUUUCAUAGUGCAUCAAAUAGCGUAGAGAAUGAAAAUAAACGUGAGGUAUCAAA